AUGUUCGCAAUGAUCCUUUAUUUCAAAAUUCACCGCAAAGUGAUUGCACAAAGUUUUAAUGGAGCCGCGGUGAUGAGCGGCCAACACGCAGGUGUUCAAGCGUUAAUUAAAAAAAAGUAUCCUUUUGCUCACCAUGUACAUUGCUAUGCCCAUCACUUAAAUUUAAUUAUGUCUAAAGCUGCUUCUGCAAAUUCGCAAGUACGUGUAUUUUUUGGAAAUUUACAAGAUAUUCCGGGCUUUUUUAAUAAUUCACCCCAGCGAGUAGAAGUCUUAAACAAGAUUGUGAAGAGAAGUAUCCCCACGGCGCUACAACCCGUAGGAAUUUUAAUAUAA